CAUGAGCCAGACAGCAGCAGCGAUGAAGAGAGCUCCAGCAGCGACGGGGUGCAGGUGGUGGAGGAGGAGGAGGAAGAAGAAGGCAAUGAUGAUGCAUAUGACCUGCAAAGGUUUUAUGAUGAGCACACACGGUCGCCAGCUCACUACUUGGCCACAGAGUGCUGCGAGGUGAAGCUCUUGGUCAAUCACUUCAUCCUUGUCAUGCAAACGCUCUUCUCAAACAGUUUCUUCCCAGUGCUGCAGCCAGCCAUCGGGGUGGGCAGUGCCUUUGAAGGUUGGAGUCCCCGUGAGGAAGACGUCAUCUACCGCCUGCUCGUGCCCCUGAAGUCCCCCCAUGGGCACUUCUUCCACCUGGAGCAGGACAACGCAGGGGAGAUGCCGGAGAGGAACUUCUGCAUCCGCGUGGGACUGUUGUGCACCUGCCUGAACGAGCAGCUGGCAGGAGAGAUGCCGUGCUUCCUCCACGGCCCCGAGGAGGAGCUGAGCAGAAAUCAGGAGCCCAGCCUCCUAGACACCCUCUGCACCGGGUCCUACCUAGAUGUGCAGAAAACUGCCCUCUGGUUACAAGACUGGCUGAAAGAUGUCUGGGUGGUUUUGCCUCAGUCGAGGAAAUACCGUCUAACGGUGCUGCCCUCCAGCCGCUCCUGCAAAUUCCAGGUGGCCAACGGCGACAACAAAAGCCUCUGGAUUGAGAUGAUAUUUGGGGUGCAGCGACGCGACUCGGACAUCUUUGUGAUCAGCCGGACUAUAGACACCAUCUUCACCCCAAGCCUGAUGUGGUCGGAGAGCUAUGCUGUGGCAGAGGUGAAGUUCUUCAGGCAUAUGGCCACACGUGCACCACAGGACAGCGUCCACCUCAAAUGCCUGCAGCUCUGCGCCCGCGUCCUGAUGUGCAGAGGCUCUUCCACCUAUACCGUGAAGACAGCUGUGAUGCACCUCCUGACCACCGUGCCCCUGUCAGGCUGGCGCAGGAGGGAUUUCCUGCUGCGGCUGCUGGACAUCAUGCG